AUGUCGAAGACGCCUCCGACGAAGCCCGACGCUGACGCCGACGACGCCUAUGACGAGCGAGGUCCGCCGUUGCCCACGAGCCGUCGCCUCCCACGAGGAGGUCCGCUGCUUCCGACGAGCGAGGUCCGUCUCCUCGCGCCAACGCCGACCCCUAGCCUUCGACGAGCGAGGUCUGUCUCCUCGCGAUUCGCCCGCCGGUCCCGACCUCCGCCGUCGCCUCCGCCCGCCCGCCCCGUGGCCUCCGCCCGCCCAAGAGCAACUCGCCCGCCGGUCCCGACCUCCGCCGUCGCCUCCUCCCGCCCAAGAGCAGCUGGGUCCCGAGCUCUGACCGCCGUCGCCUCCGCCGCCAAACCCAGCUCGGUGCUCCUCCCCAACGGCCGUGGAUGGGGGAGCGGUGGUGGUCUCUUCUCCGUCGAUUUCGUCGGCCUCUGCUGUAAGUACAAGCGGGCCAGGCGUUGGCUCGGCGUCUCCCGCUCCAGGGCCCUCCCGCGCCUCCUCUCCACCGGCAAGCCCACGCCGCCUUCCUCGGUGAAGGCCGUGCUCCAUCUCGAGCGGGCCGGCUAUUCGUCGUCCCCCCGCGGCGAGCCGCCUCGUCAGUCCGGGGACAAGCUUCAGGGCAACUUGAAUCGGAUGCAAUCUUGUGAAAACUCAUUAAAGUCCCCUGUUUGGCAUGGUCGUGAGAAUGAAAUCCGUCCUUUUGGUAAUCCCAAAGCGUCAGACUCUGCAAACCUUGAUAGUGCAGCAGAAUUGUUGAUAAGAAGUGGCCAAGCUCCUGAGGAGUCUCUAAUGAUUCUUGUUCCAGAAGUAUACAAGAACCAUCCUACUUUAUCGAUCAAAUACCCUGAGGUGGUUGACUUUUAUGAGUACUACAAGGGUCAGAUGGAGGCUUGGGAUGGACCAGCAUUGCUUUUAUUCAGGUCAUCCUCAAACACUAUUAGAAACCAUUAUGUAUGCUUCUAUUGAAUUAUUGUUAGGAGGAGCCUUGACUUCAAAUUAAAA